GCAAAAUAACGAGUAGCUUAAAAAGUAAGCGCUUAGAAAAUAAGCUACUCGGUCUCUUCCGACCAAUCUCAUCACUAUAUAUACAGCAAAUCCUCGGAUCUGGUGGGACCCCAAUCUUCGAUUCUAUCUGCUGAUUCUCUAAAUCCUGUUCUGCUACAAUUGAGAUUCUUGACAACAAAUCAGCCGUCCCUUUUCCUGAUCAAAAUCAGAGAUGUUUGGUGGCAGUUCUUCAAUUCCAGGUAAGUUUUUUUUUUUCUCAAACUACUUUUUUUUUAUGCUGCAAAAACGGGAUUCGUAUCUUUACAGAAACGAGAAUCGAAAUUAUGGCCCAGUUGGGAUUCAGCAAUGUCUUGUGCUUCAUUGAUUUAUCAUCGUCAUCAUCUUCCAUCCCUUACUUUUUGCUGAUGAACUCUGUUCCAUCAUGAUGGAUUUGCAACAUCUCUCUCUGGUGCGAAUCCCCAGCCGGACUUAAUGGAAAAGUUUCUCUUUCUUUUGUUGUUUUUGUUCUUCACGAUUGCUAACUGGUUGCUUUAAUUCGGUGUUUUUUCCCUUUUUUUUCUUGGGUUUCUUUUGCUAUGAUGAUUGACAGGAUUCGGCCAAUCGGCAAUGUUUGGGCAAAACACGAAUUCAGUCAAUCGGAAUCCGUUUGCUGUCGCCGCCUCUGGAGCUCCUGCCGGAAAUCCUUUUGGACUAACGACGACGCCGGCAGCGAAUUCCACUGGUUCUAAUAACAACCCUUUUCAGCCUACAUCAGUAUUCGGGCAAACAAAUCAGGCCAGCAAUCCGUUUUCCAAUUCCUUGGGAGGUUCUGUUGCCAAUUCUUCACCUUUCAACACAUCCAGCAACUACUCCUUUGGGAAUUAUGGAUCAAUAUUCGGACAGAAGACUGACACAAACAAAGGAAACAAUACUUUUUCCUUUGGAGGAUCAUCUGGCACUUCUUCAGCUUUUAACAAUAAUACAUCCAGUGCGGCUGGCAUAUUUUCUGGGAAUUCAAACUCCGGUUUCGGGAAUACACUAUCUGCCCCUGCUUUGGCUACAACAACUUCAUCUCUGUUUACUGCCGCUUUAGGCCCUUCACAUGGCAAUGGUGGUCUGAUCUUUGGUCAGACAAAUUCUGCCACUUCCAGUAAGAAUGCGUUUGGGAUUACUGCAGGGCCUCAAAUUACUGCAACAAAAUAUGUCCCAACUCCAUCAGAGGAUGGCCCGCAAUUUAAGAUAGUCUCCAUUUCUGCCAUGCACAAUUCACAAAGUAAGAGCCAUGAAGAGUUGAGGUUUGAGGAUCAUCAGCUCUCGGUUGAUAAAGGUUCAAAAUCGACUUCGACACUUGCUCCGGCGGCAUCAAUUGGAACUUGGAGAACUUUUCUCCCUACUGCUCCAUCUUCUGUGGCAUCUGGGAGCAACUUUCCCUCCAAUACUAACCCUUCUUCCAAUUUCCAAAGCCAACAACAACCAUCAAGCACAAUGUUCCCUGGAACCGGGUUUCCGAGCAAUGUGAGCUCAAGUACAUCAUCUGGCGUGAUCACUUCCCAAACCCAGUACAAAUUCCCUUCUAAUCCAGUUUCUCAAUUUAGUUUCCAAACCCAACCGACUGUGUCGAAUACAAUGUCAACUGGAACAGGAUCUCAGGGCACUUUGGGAACUGGUUUUAAUUUCCCAAGUCAACCACAGCCAAAUCCUUCAAGUACACCAUCUAUGUUCCCUUCUUCAGUUCAACCAGUAACAUCAAAUGCAAUGCCAUCUGUUUUUUCUUUCCAAACCCAACCACAAGCCAUUACAUCGAGUGCACCGUCUAUGCUUCCUUCUCCAUUCCAACCAGUAACAUCAAAUGCAACGCCAUCUGGUUUGUCUUUCCAAACCCAACCACAAGCCAUUACAUCGAGUGCACCGUCUAUGUUUACUUCUCCAGUUCAACCUAUAACAUCAAAUGCAGCAUCAACUGGGCUAGGUCCUUGGAACCAGCAGUUUCCUUCGAGUCCUUCUCCUGUUUUAACUCCCCAAGGUCAACCACAAAGUCCAAUGAGCAACUUUCCUUCAACUGGAACUUCCCCAAUUCAAACAAGCACCCCCACUGUUUUAACUUGGGCAAAGCCUCCCACAACCCAGACUACUGCAGGAAAUCAUUCCAUUACUAAUAGCAUCUUUCAACAACCACCAUCAGGGAGUUUGAAAUCAGAUAUUCAUAACCAGAACAGCAUUUCCAUUCCAACUGUUGCAAAUCCCUUUGGCGAAAAGUCUACAGUUCGGACAACAAACAAUUCUCAGAUCUCCUCUAUUUCAGUUCACGGUGGAAUUUCAAGCAUGACUUCUGAAAAACCUACUUCGGUCAAAAGAGUUUCCAUGCUGAGUGCCAGGAACUUGACUCUCAGUCGAACUAAGCUCUCAUUUCAGAAAUACAAGCCAAAAGAUGAUGGCCAAAAGGUUCCCUUUUACGAAGAAAAAUCAUUCAGUUCGGGUAAAGUUUCCAUUUCCCUUAAUCCAAGGCAAAAUCCAAGGGCUUGGGUUCUAAACCCCUCAACGUUGGACACAAGAUCAACUAGAUCAGCUCUGUUGGAGGAAGUGUCAUCUGACUUUGAGACUGGUAAGCAUAAUCCCUGAUCACUCCAGGUUUGAUGAUUGCUGAUUGACUAAGUUUAUUUGCUAAAACAUUUGAGCAAAUAUAGCAAUCAACAAAAACAAAUUAUCAUCCCUUUCUUCCUUAAAUUGCACAUUGUAGCAGAAAACAUCAACUUAUUUGCGAUUUUGUCUUUGUAGUUUUGUUUUAGUUUGUCUCUGCGUUCUAACUUUCUACUUUGAUUAUUAGGGAUUUCCAAUGACAACACAGGGAAACAUACAGACUCGGCUGUUGAUGGGAACUUUGAUGAUAGUGCGAGGAAUCAAACAGUUCCAAAUGAUUAUGCUGCCAGUGUCGAUGCUCUGUUGCCAAAGCUGCAGUCUCCGGACUAUUAUGUAAUUCCUCCAAUCCAGGAGCUAGCUGCAAGGGAAAGGGUUGAACCAGGAUUCUGCUCCCAUGUGAAGGACUUUGUGGUUGGAAGAAAAGGUUAUGGUAGCAUCAAGUUCUUAAGGGAAAUCGAUGUGAGGAAUCUUGACCUUGAAUCUCUAAUCAAGUUUAAGAAUCGGGAAGUGUUGGUGUACCCGGACGAAAGCAAGAAACCACAAGUUGGGAAAGGCCUCAACAAACCUGCUGAGAUAACUCUACUUAACAUCAAAUGUAUUGACAAGGCUACAGGGAAACAAUAUGUGGAUGGUCCCAAGGUUGAUAGAGGCAGGGAGAUGCUGAUGAAAAAGGCAGCAGAUCAAGGAGUCGAAUUCGUGUCUUAUGAACCAGCUCAGGGGGAGUGGAAAUUCAGGGUCCAACACUUCUAGUCAAUGCAAAGUUAGAGAUGGCGAAGUAGGAGUUGAUCAUGAAUCAGAGCAGUAGUAUGUAGUUCGCUGCAUCUAUAUAUAUUUUUCUUUUUCGGUGUUGCAUUUCCUUCUCGUGUAGUUGUAGGUUCAGAAACUAGCUGGCAAGUUACUUGACUUUGUACUUGAUUCAGCUUCUUAACCUGCAGCUAGGCCUUUUGAUGAUAUGAAUUGAAAUGUUGAAAUUGUAAAUGGAAGUACGGUUACUCCUGAUGAUUUGAUCUCCUGUGGUUUCAUUUUGUUUGAAGUAUAUUGUUUUGAUAGUUUUGCAG